AUGUCUACUUCGAAGAACGUAGCGCCCGGUAGCUCAUCAGUAAAACAGAAGACCCGAGCCAAAGACCCAUUGCCAGACCCGCUCGCAGGUCUCGGCCUUUUGGACCUGGACAUUGAUCUCCCUCCACCACCACGCAAGAACGAAGAAGGGGUGGACAUCAAGGCCCUGACCUUCCUCGAGAAACGGAUUUUGGAGAACGCCCGCCUAAUGUUUCCCGUGCUCUAUCCGAAGCGAUACGAGGCCACGUCGAAAAACACCUUCACGAUCUCCCUCCUGUACGACUUCCAUACCAAGCCACCGACCGAAAAGCAUCCCGAGCCUGACCCUGAACGUGGCUCCUACAAGUGGACGGCCUGUGUCACAUGGGGUGAGGACUCGCAGCCUCCCUUCAACCGCCUUUUCUGUGGAGAUCCGAGCAGAUCAGCCACCGAAGCGCUGGAGAAUCUGCUCACAGCCUCCGGAAUGGUGAUGUCCUCGUUGACGAAGGCGGGCAUGUUCUUCGUCAAGCCUGAGCCGAUGCGAAAAAUGCGGGAGGAGGGCGGAGCUGAGAAGACCGCCUGGGAGAGUCUGAAUGCUACCUUGACGAAGUCCGGAGGCAAAGCGGCAGCACCUUGA